AUGCAACGUAUUCCAUAUGUUGUUCGUGCUUUCCUCAUCUUCUUCCUUUCUGUCACCGGUGUCAUCGUACUCGCGUUGGCGAGGCAAGUUCAAUGGAAGUUAAUCGGGGUGGGAAUGGUUGCAGUUGGUGCUGGCCUUGGUGGACCGACAAUUUUGUCUUUAACAUCGUUUCAUGGCGAGCUGACAUUAGCUGCGUUCUCAGCGGGAACGGGAGUAGGAUUUGCAAUUGCACCCUUGUAUUAUACAGGUGUGUGUUGAUAUAGUGUUUAGGCUAACCUGUUCGAAAUUCAAACUCUUGGUAUUUUCAAUUUCCUAAUGCUAAAUCCAUUUAAAAUUAGUCUUGAUAUGGUAUUGCCCGCACUUUAUCGAGAAAUUUUAUCACAGUGUUCAGCGCACUGCCACACUAAUGAGAUUAGCAACAAUGCUAUUUACUUUCAUUGCUUUCUUUAAGAUUUUCUUUAUUGUUUUGUAGCCUUGACAACAUGGGCCUGCGUAUCACCAAAGGUUGCUACUCUUAUCAUGGCAGCGAUGAUGGUCCUGAUCUUUGUCUGUUUUUACUUCAUCGACAACUCAGAGACAAAAUGCACCAGUUCUCUAUCGGAUGAUCUUAGUGGAGUGCAUUACUCAGCUCUUGAGACCAAUGGUAUGUUUGGUGUUUAGAGUUCUAAGUCUGAAUAUUUUAUUAAAAUUGUUAUUAUCGAAAAUAAAUUUGAUAAUUACUUUAGGUUGAAGAAAUUUUAAAUGGUGCAGUCGAAUCCUCACAAAAUUGUACUGGUUCUAUUCUGUAGGGCUUUUUCUACUAGACAUAAUUAUUCAGUUUCAACGAGGAAGCAAAUGGUAAUCAAAUUGAUUUCUGACCAAUUAUUAUCCAUACUUGGUGGGUAAAUACCCAAAAUACAGAACAAGCAUUUUUGUGUCCGAUUAAUUGCUAAUUACACGGGAACGGGUAUCGACAAAUUUCAGCCGAGCACUCAGUGACAACCAAUGGAUACUUCAACUUAUUAUAUACUCAACAAAAUAUCGCGUUUCUGAUUGGUCAAUGAUGAAUGCAUAAAUAGGUUAUAGAGUGCAAUAGAGGUUAUAGAGUGCAAUACGGAGAAGUUGCCAUGGAAACACCAGGGAAGCGCCAAAUUUGAACACCAAAUUAUAAAAAAAUCGAGAAUAUAAUAAAUAAAAAAUCGUAUGAACCUGCUCGUGCAUUUCGUGAUUUAUGGUCACUCGUGAUGUUUUGAAAGUUCUCAAAUUGCACUCGCCUACGGCUCGUGCAAUUUUGAGAACUUUCAAAACAUCACUCGUGCCCAUAAAUCACGAAAUGCACUCGCGUUCAUACGAUUUCCUAUACUUAUUUCAUGGAUCAUUGAUCCCGUAACGAACCAUUGGGUUUAUAUUCAAAAUGUAUUUAGGCUCUGAUGUUGUAGUCUUAAGGUUUUCAAGCACAGUACUACCCACCCAAAGGUAACGGUAGCUGAAAAUUAAACAAGGAUGUUAUAAAGAUGUAACUCUCUUUUUAUUCUUUCCUUUCAAAAGAAAAUUUGUGUGACACCUCAAACAAAGAUGAUGAAGAAAAUGAUGAAGGCACCUCUCUUUCUUGGCGGGAAAAAAUGAUGGUCAUUUGUCAGCUGCUGCCUCAUAUGUUACCGUUGUUUAUUACAUGUUUCUCUGAGUACAUUAUCGUUCAAGCCGUCAUUACAACCCUGGCAUUUCCCAGCUCUCCUUUCAAACCUCGUGACCAUUAUGAGUAUUACAUUGUUGUAUUCGUUGUGGGUAAGAUGGCGGGGAGGUCUUACCUUUUAGUGCUGUCCUACAUUAAAAAAGACUGGGGAGAGAAAGCUAAAUUUCCAUAUCUUUGGGUUCUGUGUCUGAUCGAAGUCAUGGAUCUUUUGUUUUUGGUGUUGGCUGCAUGGUACCGUUUUUUACCAAGUGUAUGGAUCGUUUUGCUUCUUGUGUUUGUCUGCGGCUUUAAUGUGGGUGCUUUUUAUGUUAACGUAGUGAUAAUUUUUAGAAAUUGUCUCCAACAAAAGUACAAGGAGUUUGCCAUGGGAUACAUCGACCUACCUUUAACGGGAGGAGUUUUAACAGCCGCCAUGUUGGGCCUGUACAUUGAGCCCCUGUUGCGUGAACAUUGCAUGAUCCUCAUGGAUAACACAGACUUCUGCUUUACAAGAACACAGUCUUAAGAUCGAUUUUCUUCAUAUUGCUUUUUUAAACAUGAUUGAAAUCUCUCCAAGCCUCUGAAGCUAUAUUUAUGGUGCUCUUGUGUAGUUUAGGUAUAAGUCAAUGAAUUCCUUUUGAUCCUCUCUCGAAUAUUUAUGUCUCUACGGUUAUUACAAUGCUAAGUGUUAUAUUUGCUCAAGACUUCUGGCCCUUUUAUCCGCCUAAGGUUCAUAUGCGUGGCUGUAUUCUAAGACUGACGUUUCGAGCUUUGGCCCUUCGUUUAAGCAGAUACAGGCUGUGCGUGGUUUAUACACAGAAAAAAUGGAGCUACACUAUUGUAGAACACGCAUGACAUCUCUCAAUUUAGGCUUUUGUAGUUAGGUUGUGCGUGGUUUAUAUACAAAAAAAAUGUAGGUACACUAUCGGUUGGUACUUGCCAACGUGAAAAACACAAGAAUAAAUUAGCUCAAUGAAAAGGUUAACAUGUCUAGCGACUGG